AUGGUUGAUUUGGAGAGCGAAGUGCCCCCUCUGCCUCCCAGGUACAGGUUUCGGGAUUUGCUGCUAGGGGACCAAGGAUGGCAAAAUGACGACAGGGUACAAGUUGAAUUCUAUAUGAAUGAAAACACAUUUAAAGAGAGGCUAAAGUUAUUUUUCAUUAAAAACCAGAGAUCCAGUUUAAGAAUUCGUCUGUUCAAUUUUUCUCUCAAAUUAUUAAGUUGCUUAUUAUACAUAAUCCGAGUGCUACUAGAAAGCCCUUCACAAGGAAAUGAAUGGUCUCAUAUCUUUUGGGUGAACAGAAGUCUACCUUUAUGGGGCUUACAGGUUUCAGUGGCACUGAUAAGUCUAUUUGAAACAAUAUUGCUUGGUUACCUCAGUUAUAAGGGAAACAUCUGGGAACAGAUUUUACGAAUACCCUUCAUCUUGGAAAUAAUUAAUGCGGUUCCCUUCAUUAUCUCAAUAUUCUGGCCUUCCUUAAGGAAUCUGUUUGUACCAGUCUUUCUAAAUUGUUGGCUUGCCAAACAUGCCUUGGAAAAUAUGAUUAAUGACCUACACAGAGCCAUUCAGCGUACACAGUCUGCAAUGUUUAAUCAAGUUUUGAUUUUAAUAUCUACAUUACUAUGUCUUAUCUUCACCUGCAUUUGUGGAAUCCAGCAUCUUGAACGAAUAGGAAAGAAGUUGAAUCUCUUUGAUUCCCUUUAUUUCUGCAUCGUGACAUUUUCUACUGUGGGAUUUGGGGAUGUUACUCCUGAAACAUGGUCCUCCAAGCUCUUUGUCGUUGCUAUGAUCUGUGUUGCUCUUGUGGUUCUACCCAUACAGUUUGAACAACUGGCAUAUUUGUGGAUGGAGAGACAAAAGUCUGGUGGGAACUAUAGUCGACACAGAGCUCAAACUGAAAAACAUGUUGUUUUGUGUGUCAGCUCACUGAAGAUUGAUUUGCUUAUGGAUUUUUUAAAUGAAUUCUAUGCUCAUCCAAGACUACAGGAUUAUUAUGUGGUGAUUUUGUGUCCUACUGAGAUGGAUGUGCAAGUUCGAAGGGUGCUGCAAAUCCCAAUGUGGUCUCAAAGAGUUAUCUACCUUCAAGGUUCAGCUUUGAAAGAUCAGGAUCUGUUGAGAGCAAAGAUGGAUGAUGCUGAGGCCUGUUUUAUCCUGAGCAGCCGUUGUGAAGUAGAUAGGACAUCAUCUGAUCACCAAACAAUUUUAAGAGCAUGGGCUGUGAAAGAUUUUGCUCCAAAUUGCCCUUUGUAUGUCCAGAUAUUAAAGCCUGAAAAUAAAUUCCAUAUCAAAUUUGUUGAUCAUGUUGUUUGUGAAGAAGAAUUUAAAUACGCCAUGUUAGCUUUAAACUGUAUAUGCCCCGCAACAUCUACACUUAUUACACUGCUGGUUCAUACCUCUAGAGGGCAGGAGGGGAAGUCUUAUGACAAAUGUGACUUUAAGCCCAUUAUUUGGACAAACAUUAUUGAGGGCAAGUUGACCAAUCCAAUUUUGAAUCUGGAUGGAAAAUUGACCUUGAAGAUUUCAACAAGGAAAUACCAAUUGAAAAAGUAUGCAUCUUCAGGCACUGUGGCUAUAGACUUGCAAGACACAAGCUGUAGAUCAGCAAGUGGCCCAACCUUGUCCCUUCCUUCAGAGGGAGGCAAAGAAGUUAGAAGACCUAGCAUUGCACCUGUUCUAGAGGUUGCAGAUACAUCAUCAAUUCAAACAUGUGAUCUUCUAAGUGAUCAGUCAGAAGAUGAAACUACACCAGAUGAAGAAAUAUCCUCAAACUUAGAGUAUGCUAAAGGCUAUCCCCCUUACUCUCCAUAUAUAGGAAGUUCACCCACUUUUUGCCAUCUCCUUCAUGAAAAAGUGCCAUUUUGCUGCUUAAGAUUAGACAAGAGUUGCCAGCAUAACUACUAUGAGGAUGCAAAAGCCUAUGGAUUCAAAAAUAAACUAAUUAUAGUUGCAGCUGAAACAGCUGGAAAUGGAUUGUAUAAUUUCAUUGUUCCUCUCAGGGCAUAUUAUAGACCAAAGAAAGAACUUAAUCCCAUAGUGCUGCUAUUGGAUAACCCGCCAGAUAUGCAUUUUCUGGAUGCAAUCUGUUGGUUUCCAAUGGUUUACUACAUGGUGGGCUCUAUUGACAACCUAGAUGAUUUACUCAGGUGUGGAGUGACUUUUGCUGCCAAUAUGGUGGUCGUGGAUAAAGAAAGUACCAUGAGUGCCGAGGAAGACUACAUGGCAGAUGCCAAAACUAUAGUAAAUGUACAGACCCUUUUCAGGUUGUUUUCCAGUCUCAGUAUUAUCACAGAGCUUACUCACCCAGCCAACAUGAGAUUCAUGCAAUUCAGAGCCAAAGACUGUUACUCUCUUGCUCUUUCAAAACUGGAAAAGAAAGAACGAGAAAGAGGUUCUAAUUUGGCCUUUAUGUUUCGACUACCUUUUGCUGCUGGAAGGGUGUUUAGCAUCAGUAUGUUGGACACACUUUUGUAUCAGUCUUUUGUGAAAGAUUACAUGAUUUCUAUUACCAGACUUCUGUUGGGACUGGAUACCACACCAGGAUCGGGGUUUCUCUGUUCUAUGAAAAUCACUGAAGAUGACUUAUGGAUCAGAACUUACGCCAGACUUUAUCAGAAGUUGUGUUCUUCUACAGGAGAUGUUCCCAUCGGAAUAUACAGGACUGAAUCUCAGAAACUUACUACAUCUGAG